ACCCACCAGUCAGUCAGUUCCCCGACAUCGCACGGAGAGGCUGUGUUGCACCGCGCUCCGCCACCCAAGACACCUGCUCGGGCGCUCCCACACACAAACCCUUUCCUCGGCUCCGGAUCAUAUGGAGUGACACCACAGCCCCCCGUUGAAAGCCACUCAACGGAACUCUUACAUUUUCCUUAGGGGGGGAAAAAAGUACGUUUGUUUGGAAGUGACAUAUUGCGCCCCCCUUGGACCUGUCAGUGUUUUUGAGGAUAAGCGAACGGGGGAGAGAAAAAAAAGACAGAAAGCAUGGAUUUAAUUGACAGCACUCUGGCGGAGUUCGCCGAGAAUGACCUGAAGGAACUGUGGGACUCCGAUUACUAUGCGGUUGCGGAGGUCGCCCGGCCGAGCAGCCGAACGCCCACAGACGACUUCUCGAUUCGACAGUACAUGGAGGCUUUGCGAGCGGCUAGCGAAACGGACUGGGCCGGAGUGCUCGAAAGUAGCGGCAUGGGCGGAGCGAACGGGGUCGUCCUCAACGACCGGCUCAUGACCGAGGCUUCGCUGGGCGUGAUCUCGCAGCUGAGUUCCCUGGGCUCCCUCAGCACCCUCGGCUCCAUCAGCACCAUCCUGGCGGCACAGCAGCAGGAGGCGCCGACGGUCAAAGUGGAGCAUUCGUACAGCCUGUCGAGCGAACGGAGCGAAGCCGACUCGUCCCUCUCAGACUUGGAGAGCGAGUGCUUCCCCGCCAUCCCCAUCUCAGAGGCCGAAGGAAGUGGCGGAGGAGUAGGAGGAGGGGGAUCGACCUCGUCCACCUCCUCGACGACCUCCAGCACCUCGUCCUCAACCUCGUCCUCCACCACCAGCAAGAACAGCAUCGCAUCCGCCCACACCCCACAGGAGACGAGCGACAAAGACCCCUUAUCCCUGAACACGAUCGUAACCUCAGCGAGCGUGGCCACAGCACCCGGCAGUAGCAAGAAGGUCGUGGGUCCUCCUCCUCUAUCGCCUCUGGUGGGGCACGAGAGAACGGCGGCCCUCGAAGUCACCCACGCGGAAACGGCCAGUGCUACGGCUUUCCUGUCCAAUGCUGUGCUCAAUGUGCCCACGAUUAAGACAACCAUGGGAUUGGUAAGACCAAGUGCUGUAGUGGUGACACAGCGCAGUGGUACAGGAAUGGUCCACAGCCCAAGCACACGUCUCAGUGUAACAUCUCGUACACUGAAACUCCCUACAACAUCUACAUUGACUAUUUCCUCUCCUUCAGCAUCAUCUUCUUCUUCCACGUCUACUGCAUCAUCUUCUGACACAGGAUUCUACAUGCCUCCAACACCCCCCUCCUGCUCAAGCAGUGAUAGUGAAUGUGGCGGACAGUCCCCUCCUCGCACACCUCCUCUAUAUGAGACUCUCACUCCUCAAUUUGCAAAUCCUCGCAAGGGAACAGCACGUAUUCUUGUUUCUUCAAGAAACCCUAUUAACACUCCACUUAUCUCAUCACAGCCGAAAGGUGCAACAGGAGUUAUCAAUCUCACAGAGGAAGAAAAGAGGACCUUGCUCUCAGAGGGCUACAGCGUCCCCAGCAGACUCCCACUCACCAAAAGCGAAGAAAAGUCGCUCAAGAAAAUCAGAAGAAAAAUCAAGAAUAAGAUCUCGGCCCAGGAGUCCCGUCGCAAGAAGAAGGAAUACAUGGACGCCCUGGAGAGAAAAGUUGAGAAACUGAGUAGUGAGAACAUUGAGAGCAAGCGACGCAUUGAGAUCCUGCAAGCAUCCAAUUCCCAGUUGAUGCUAGAAGUCCAGCGCUUGCAGAGCAUGAUAGAGAUUGAUGAGAAGAGUAGGAUCAGAUCAACGCCUUUAGCAACGUUGCUCUCAUAAAGAAGUUGGUAUGAGCCAUCAAUAUUCAAAACCAGAGAAAUAUAUCUCUACAGGAGAUGAAUUAAAAUCUCACCAUUCCUUUCAUAUAAGUGCCUUUCACUUUGUAUGGAGUUAUGUGGCAUUAUUUUUAUACCUGAUGUAUGGUUGAGGUGGGAAUUAUCAACUAGGGUACAUUCCACGACAAAAAACAAAACAAAAAAACAAAAACAGAGAAAGAGAGAGUUGCUUUUAUUUUGUAAUCAUAAAUUAUGCCAGACCUGUUACAUUAUUUUUAAAAAAUGGAAAGCAUAGAGAAAAACUCAUGGAAGUGUAUAUUUUGUAUAUAGAUGUUUUAAGAUUUAGGCUGUAGACAAUCGCGACAAAGUAGAAUUUUAUAUUGUUGAUGAUUUUUUAAAAGUUUAGUAUUGAAUGAUGAGUGUUCAUUGUACAGAGGUGAUUUUAUUACAAGACAUUACAGUGUUGUAAUGCAUAAUGAAUGCCAAGUUGAUUUUCUUUACAUAUUCACAUACUACUGGUUUCUGAUGGUGGGAGAUGUAUUUUUUUAAUUUUUUGUUAAUAUGAUCAUGUUUAAUAAUCAUGUUUAAUAAUGCAACUUUGACAUUUACAGUAAUUCAGUUGGUAUGGCCGACAAAUCAUAUGUGUUAGUGAUGACUAUUUUUUAUAAAUUAUUAUAGGUGGAUUAGUGCAAUAAUGCAAGGCAGUAAUAAGUUUGUUUGAUUUUUGUUUGAUUAUAAUUACAAUUAUUCUGAUUGAGGGAAAACCAUUCACUUAUUCUUGCAAAGAAUUUCCAUAAAAAAAAAAAGAUAUUAAAGGUUGCUAAUAGGAUGUGCACAAGAAGAUAAUUAUAUAUAAGCUAAAGAUGAUUUAAGCAAAGAAAUCUUUAAGUUGAGAAGAAUACAUACAUAGCCUUUUAACAAGAAACAAAUAAAAUGCAUAAUAAUAUGAGACCAUAACAAGUUAAAAUCUAUUGAGUAGCUCUAAAGAAUUUUCAUGCAGAAGUUUCUAGGUGAUGACUGAAAAUGCUAACGUUUUUCCCCCAACUGGAUUAUACAGUUUUCUGGUAAUGCUUCAUCUCUGUGUUACCAUCAGAGACCAGGAGAUUGCUGCCUUUGGUUCUUUUUGCACAAAUGAAUAAAGCACCAAUUUUCCUCUUUUAAUUUCUUGCUAAUAAGGCAUUUUAUAGUUAGUGAUUCAGUAUCUGGGGUAUUGUUCUUCUUUCUUCGUUUUACUGGUUCUUCCACCUACUUUGUGUUCUUUUUCUUUUCCUUCCUCUUAUUAUUAUCCCUCUACUUGCUCCUGAAGGUUGAUUUAAGUUUUCCAUUAUCUUCCAUUUCUGUAAUAUUCAUUAGAGUACACUGUUAUGACAAUAUCAAGAGUGAGUAUAACCAGACACAUACAUAUCUUGUGAAAUGUUAUGAGAUAGAUAUUGCAGUGCUGGUUAAUAGCAUGUAUUAUUUUCCAUACAUUGUAUACACUUCAUUUUGUUAUUAUUGGCAAUUUGUUACUGUAGAGGACUAAUGUAUCAUCAGAUCUUAUAGUAGAGUAAGGUAAUCAAGUAUGGAAUGUCAGCAAUUCAAUUGUUAUUAGAUUUAUAGUUUUUAAAUGUUUCUUCUGGAUAUAAUUUACUUUUUCAUGUUGUAUAACACAGAAUCGUGUCUUUUGAAUUAUCAUUACAGAUGCUUAAAGAAUUAUGGGGAAAAUAUUAUUGGAUUAUGAAAAUGUCUCCCUACAGUUUGUUCUGAAUACAUAAUAAGGAUUUUUAACAGUGACUGACAAAAUGCAAUGUUGAUUAACCUAAAAAAGUGAAAGGAGAAGAAUUCCUUCAUUUUUUAAUUGUUGAUAAACAUUAUACCAUCUGCUUUCAAAUGUUUGUCUGAUUCUUUUGUUUUUAUGACUAUGAGGAGGAUUGUUAGAUGCAGUAGUAAUCUGGGAAAGGGUCUGUUACCUUUACUAAAAUUGAAUAAAAAGAUGUUAUGAUUUUUGUAAGUAGCAUGUAAAAAUAUUAUUAUUUUUAAUCAAAUGUUGCUAUUUUUUUAUUUGAAUUUUAACAAAGGAAAAGUCUUGCAAAUCUAUUAUAAUGUAAAGGUUUAAGACUUCUUUCACUCUACGUAAUGCUUACCAAUCAUGUUUUGUUUAUAUGUGAUUACUACAGAGUUUUUGCACUGGUUGUUAUAAUUGCAUGAGAAUUCAGUUUUUGUCUGGAGGUAUAUUUCUGUAAGCGUGGCUUCUGAAGAUCCACAAUGAAUUUCUUCUUUUUCAGGAAAAAGUAAUAUUUCUCUAUCUCACUAUUGAUGUUUAAAUUUUCUAAUUUCAGUGGUGCUUGGGUUGUUGUUCAAUGUAGUUCCACACUUACAGCAAUAAGAUCAGACAACAGUUUGUAAACCUUUUUCUAUUCAAUUAAUUUUCCUUGAUUUAUGAAACUUUUUUUUAUGUACA